AUGCCCGACCAACCACACCACCAUGCUCGCCAUGUCCACAACCAUGUCCUCGACUCGUCGCCCGCCACAUCGGCCACACCGAGCACACACUGGACCCCGUACACCUUCCACUCGGAGCCAACACCUCUCCUCCCCUCGAUGCACACGCCCAACACUGCCAACGUCGCCACCACCCGGGCAGACGGCAACCACGACGCCCGCACUCACCGCACCAGUGCCAGCCUAGAUUCCCACUCGCCCAUCGAACCCAUGCCGCUCGACCACUCGCACUCCUCGCCUCGGUCCGACGCCCAUGCCCACUCCCACCUCGACCAACCGGGUCCCAGCCGCCCUCGCUCCAGCAGCGCCGCCGCCCCAAGCCUUCUCCCCCGCUCCGCCCGCAACGACAAGCGCUCCAGCGCAGCCUGCAUCCCGUGCAGAAAGAGGAAGCGACGCUGUGAUGGCGUAAAGCCCAUCUGCUCCACCUGCCAGCGCUCCUCGUCCCGCCAGUGCGCCUGGGACGCAAACGGCGACCGCCGCAAACCCGUCAACAAGAGCAUGCAGUAUGCCUUCCACGCCCGCAUUCAGGCUCUCGAGGCAAAGCUCGACGAAUACGCACAACCGUCCGAACCCACCGUCAGCAGCCCCUCCUCCGCAAAGGGCAAGGCAAAGUCGGCCCAGUCGCUCCAUGACGACGGCGUGGUCCCGCUCUCCGGACCCAGGUUUUGCAUCAAUCCCCUGCAGAACGCUUGCAACUUGGCAGCUCAAGCUGGCGCCCAGCAGCAGCGUCAUCAGCUUGCCUCAGAAGCAUCGGUCGGGCAGGACCGUGGGAAGGGUCGACUCCUUUCGUCCGACCAGGUCUUCGCCGACGCUUACGAGGUCCUCUUUGUCGACACGCCACGGCCGCUGCUCGAGCAUUGCCUCUACACCACUUUUGACCACGGCAUCGCUCCCGGUCGGCUGAUCCCGCGGCCGACGUUCUUUAAAGCCUUUGUCCGCCACCCAGCCUCGCGCAGCCACGCCUACUCGACCUUCCUGCUCGGCUCGCUCCUCUGCCUCGGUGCGGCCUACCAGACUCGACCGUAUCUCGACUCUUUGUUUGGCCCUUCGCCCAGCAGCAGCUGCACCCACAGCGUGUCUGAGGGCACCGAAAGCGGCAGCGACGCGGAUGGCGACGAGGUCCGUCGCCGCUCCAGGCUCCGGCACGCUUCCCGCGACCCGGCGGUCGUCUUCGAUCGCUUCUGGCAAGUGACAAACUCGCUCAUCAGCGCCGAGCUCGCCGACCCACGUCUCUCGACCGUCUGCGGCCUCGUUGGGCUGGUCAAGACGUGCUUCGCGCAGGCCAAAGAGGCGCUGGCGGAUACGUACCUCGUUAUGGCGCUCCGACUCUGCCUCCGACUGGACCUGCACCGCGACCACUCGCACCUCUCCCCCGAGGACGAUCGGCUGCACACCUUGACCUUCUGGGCGUGCUUCUGGGUCGAGACAAUGCUGGCGUUGCGCCAGGGGCGGCCGAGCCGUUUUCGCUCCUCCGACAUUUUGUGCGGACUGCCGCCCAUCCAGCCCGAGCUCGACGCUACGUUUCCCAUCUUUAUCUCGGAGGGUUAUCGGUACCAGAUCCAGCUCUUCCUCGUCGCCUCUGACAUCCUCGAGUUCCUGCAGGAUGCGACCGGUGCGAGGGAUGGUGAGGGGAUAGGGGAAGGCGAGUUUGAGCAGGUCACGGCCCUCGACCUGCGCCUCGAGGCAUGGUACAACCAGCUUCCCUCUGGCCUUCGCCCGUUGUUGUCGUCGUCGUCGUCGUCAUCUACCACCGUCGCCUCGUCCGGUACCGCUGGCAUCGCCGCGGAUUCGUCGGUGGUGGCCGCGUCGACAAAGGCAAAGACGGCGGAUGCGCACAUCAUCUGCAUCUCGUUGUUCUUCCACCUCAUCAGCCUCACGCUGCACCGCAACUACAUCCACCUGACCCCCUCGUCGUCGUCGUCGUCGCCACCAACAUCGACGUCAUCCUCGUCAUCGUCGGACGCAUUGUGCCGGUUCUCGCGCACCAAGACGAUACGAUCGAUCAAGGAGAUCGUCCGACUCGUCAAGGCACUGCGCUCCACGUCUUGCCCAAACGAGGCUGUGGAAUGGGACGAGGAUGGAGCCGGAGGGUGGUUGGAAAGGAAGAACCCGUUCCUUUUCCUACCCAUCACCAAGGCCGUCGAGGCUCUGCUGUCCCUCUCCUCUUCCCCUCCUUCGUCGUCGGCCGUGGCGGUAUUGGAGGAGGACGGAGCGGGAGGGCGAUCGGUGCUGAACGCAGAGAGGGAGGGGCAGAGGAGAAAGGAUCUCGACCUUCUACUCGACUCGCUGGGUUCGAUUGGACGUGUCUGGACGGCGGCAAAGAGGGACAAGGAGGUCUUGGACGUCGUGCGCUCCCUCGUUUGCUAG